AUGGUUGAGCUCAAAUGGUGUAUGCAGUGCGACGCUGGCGACGUUCCUGCGCACGCUGCUCUUGCUUGUGCUUCCAGUAGUGCCUUCUCUCCUUCCAAAGAAGAAGGCGCGGUUUUUAUGGAUUCGAAUACCGGUCCUGUCGAAAAUGAUGCCAACACGGCGGUGGAAUUGGAAUCAACGCCAGACACAGAAGCCCUUACCACUGCUGAUGGCGAGCUAGCGCAAGCAAGUGACGAUGUCACGGCGUCGGAAGCUGGGACUGGCCUUGAAAACGACGAGCAAGGGUCCGGGCGGCUGUCCGUUCUGGUCCCCACGCUCGGGCACUUUGCGACACGCGCUCACAAGGCGUCGCAGCCGUAUUUGUCGUACGCGGCGAUGGCCUCUCAGGAGGCGGCGAGGUGUAUGAGGUCCAGCUCUGGUACAUGGCACAAUCUCUUCUCAACCUUUACCCCCCUUGAGGUACCUCCCUUGCCCCUGACCCUGUUGCAAUCCUCUAGGUUUACCGCCGGCCACGCCAAGCGUUACGUGGACAAGAUGCGUUCGCAACACCGUAGGGGGGAAGCCCCACCGGGGCAGGUGGACAAUGCCAAGGUGGACUGGUCGGGCGUGGGCGCUAGGUAA